CCCUAAUUUAAUCCUGGAGCAGCGAUGAACAGGCGAGCAAUGCAACAAAGAGGACAGAACGUGGGGUCCCCACUUUUCCCUCUAUCUUUCUUUUCUCUCUCUCUCUCUCUCACUCUCUCUUUGUUUUUUUUCCCCUCCCCUCUUGUGGAUCACUCGCUCUCUCUAGGAAGCUCCGCUUUCUUCUUCUUCUUCCUGGAUUGUAACCUGGGGCCAGUUCUUCUUCGUCGAGAGGAGCCCAUCCCUCCCAUGGCCCGCGAUUAUCCAUCGCCGCCGCGUCGCAGUCUCGCUGGUAGAUGAUAGAUCUGUGUGGCAGCGUCGCAGCUUUAAAUUCUCUCCACCACCGCCAAUUGCCCAAAUCCUUCUUCCUGCCACCACAAUGCCGCGCCCUUCCUCCACCAGUGAGUGAUUGCUCUUGAGCGCUCUUCACUUCCUCCUCGAUCCUUGGCUGGCAAUUCUCUUCUCCCUGGAGCUGGAAUUCCUCGUUCCUUGAUGGUGUUUAGGUGGCUCCUCAUUGUGGCGGAUGGCGGCGGCACCACGAUCGCGGGGGCGCGAAGCGAAGAAUUUCCAUCGCCGGAAUCUAUAGCGACGAACUAAAGUAGAAUCUAAGAUCGCUCCCUCUUCCCCGGGAGAGCGACACAAUUCCAGGUCUGGACAAGAGCUUGGUGGGCGAGAGCGAUAGAAUUCUCCGGGGACUAGGCAAAGAGCUUGCUUGGUGGGCACGGCAGUCGGGCAGGGAAUAGAUUAGAGGGCUCCAGCAUCCAGCACAGGCCAGAAAGAAGAAUUCGCGAGAAUUCGCGAUCGCUGGGGUCCCAGGGAGGAGGAAAUGCGAGCAGCAAACUCCAUGGAUUCGUCGUCCACAUCCUCGAUCCAGGACCCCGGCGGUGGCGCGGCGCCGCCGGCCGCGCCACCGCCGCCCAAGAAGCCGCCGCCUAAGAGAUCCUCCAACAAAGACCGCCACACCAAGGUGGAGGGGCGGGGGCGGCGGAUCCGGAUGCCCGCGACUUGCGCCGCGCGGAUCUUCCAACUCACGCGGGAAUUAGGUCACAAAUCCGAUGGCGAGACGAUAGAGUGGCUGCUCCGCCACUCCGAGCAGGCCAUCAUCGCCGCUACGGGCACCGGCACCAUCCCCGCGCUGGCCAUGCAAAGCGGCGGGCUGCUACUGCGCGGUAAGCCGCACGGCAUGGCUGGGCUCUCGCGCAGCGGCAGCAGCACCAUCGAACAGGUACCGCGCAGCAGCACCGCCGAGUCGCGCGGUAUGCCGCUGGGCUACACUGCGGCCAGCGGCGUCUACAGCCCGGCACUGCCGCCACCGCCGGCGGCAUCCAGCGUGGAGCGAUCGGGGCUGUCGGCACCCGCUGGCUACGACCCAACCGCCCAUCACCACCCGCUCAUGGCGUUCCAGCAGCUGGGGCCUUCCUCCGCGGAGCACGAGUCCCGGCCGUUGGAUCCGGAUGGAGAGGACGGCGACGAUCAGGGCGGGAGGUUCGGCAAGAGGAUCCGGGCGGACAUUCCGUCCAUCCCGAUGCUGCUGGGCCACCAGCUCAAAGAAGACCCGGACGGCGGGAGACGGCAGGGGCAUAUACCGUCCCCACAACCAGGGCAUAUUCCGGCGCUAUGGAACUCUCCCGCCAUUUGGAUGCUGCCUGCGAGCGAGCAGCAAGUGUGGUUCCCUUCCCCGGCGUCGUCCCAGAUGUUUAUUAGGGCUGGGGGAUUGGAUCUACCAAGCUCGGCGCUCUCGGCCAUGGAUUCCAGCAAUUCCAACUCCAAUUCCUCGAAUCCGGCAAUGGGCAGCCACAAUCUCCACCACCACCUCUUGGGGCAUAUGAAUUUGAGCUCGAUGCAGCAGCCAUCGUCCUCGUACGUGCUCUCCUCCAUGCCGGCCUCCUCGUCCUCGAUCGAGCACGGGCAUCUGGGAAUGCUGAGCGCGCUGAGCGCCUACACGAGGAACAUGACGCAACAGCAAGAACAGCAGCAUCAACACCACCAAGAUCUAGGCGAGCACCAAGGUCAGCAUCAUCAUCACCAGGGAAGAGAUCACAGCAACGAGGAUCACAGCUCUCACGAGCAAUAGUUUCUUCGCGCGAAGAUCAAAUUGGAUCAUAGCAGCAGCAGCAGCAGCAUUUUUGGGCAUUGGAGAGAUUUUUUUAUUUUUUUUCCCCUUUCAUCGUGCCUCGGCAAACACAGGUUUUGUGCGUUCCUCUCUCUUUCUCCCGGCGUGGUCUCUCAUAAGCUCUUUCAUAUAGAUCAUUCUUUUUGACCCCGCGAAAAAAGCACCAAAAUCGAGGGUCUUCCAGAGGCGGUGUACAUUAUAAAUUCUUUCCUAUACAAAUUCUUUUCAAGACAACAUUAAUAAAUAAUUGUCACAUUAUUUUUUGUAUUUUUCUCAAAUUAUAUAAGUUUAAACUCAAAUAUUAUUUUU